CCACUUAUAAAAAGUAAAAAUUCAGCUACAUUUUUCACAACAGUAAAACCAAAAUUAAAAAAUUACUUCUAUAUUAGUAGUAAUAAAAUAGUAUCCCACACCAUCUUGCCUCGAUUUGUUAAAUUCUCCAGAUUUGAAUCAGGAACUCUCCUCAUUCUUUCCUUCUCCUCACUAUCUCUCUCUUCCUCUCCUCCCUUCAUUUCUAUAUCUAUCUAUCUCCCCUGUUCUUCAACUUUCCCUCAAAUUCAUCAAAAAAAACACCCAACUUUUUUUUUUUUGCUCUAAAAUCUAAAACAAAUACUGGUUAAUUAAAAAGAGGGCAAAUUUUCAUUGCCCAUCUUACAAAAAUGGCUCAAAAACAUUUGAAGGAACUACUAAAUGAAGAUCAAGAACCUUUCUUUUUAAAGGAUUAUAUUGCAGAUAGGCAAUGCCAACUGAAAAAACAACCUCAAAAUACAAAACUUCAACUCAAAAAAUCAAAACCCAUGUCAAAAACAACUUCAAUUUUAUGCAAAAAUGCUUGUUUUUUCUCUUUACAAGAUUCACCUGACCUCAGAAAAUCUCCAAAACUAUUUGAUUUUCCUGCUUCACCUGUUCCUAAUAAAAGCCCAACAAGAGUAUUUCUUCAUGUUCCUGCUAAAACUGCUUCUCUUCUUCUUGAAGCAGCUAUUAGGAUCCAAAAACAAAAAUCCAAACCAAAAACCCAGAUUAAAAAUUCAAGUUUUGGGUUAUUUGGUUCUAUGUUGAAGAGAUUAACACUUAAAAAUCGCACCCAGAAACUUAAAAAUGGUGUAGAAAAAACAGAGGAUGAAAUUAAAGGAGAUAUGAUUUUGGUAAAUUUGGAACAAGAAAAAGUAGCAACUAUUUCAUCUUCUGUAUCUUCUUCUUCUACUUCUUCUUGCUCUUGUAAUGGGAGAUUAAGUAGCUUGGAUUUAGAGAGUUCUAGCAGUGGAAGAUCAUUUGAAGAUGAUGAUGAAGAUAAUGAUGAUUUUCAAUUUGAAAAUAUUCUUAAAGAAGAUGAUAGUAAUAUUAAUGAUAGUAAUAAUGAUGGAGAUUAUUAUUCACCACUUUGCUUAAGUCCUUUUCGUUUUACUCUUCCUAGAAGAAGCCCAUCUCCUGAAUAUCGGUCCCCUGUUCGUUGCAAAUUGGAGGACAACGUAAAGUAUGAACAUGAAAGCUUAGCAAAAUUCCAGGAAGAGGAAGAUGAAGAAGACAAAGAGCAAAACAGCCCAGUUUCCGUGCUCGAUCCUCCAUUCGAAGAUGACUAUGACGGGCAUGAAGAAGACAACUACGACGACAUCGAAUGUAGCUACGCGUUUGUACACAGAGCCCAGAAAGAGCUGUUGUAUAAGCUACAAAGGUUCGAAAAGUUGGCAGAGUUGGACCCAAUUGAGCUUGAGAAAAGAAUGAUUGAAGCAGAAGAAGAAUACACACUAGAACAAGCAACGGAGUUUGAAGAAUAUGACCAUGUUUCGUUCACAUUUCAUGAACAAACACAAGCCCAUGAAUUCAUGCAAGAAGUGAUCAGAAAGUCGGGUUUUCAGGAUGUCAAGAAACCGGGGAUCAAGAGACUAAUUUCGGACCUAAUAGUUGAGGAAGAUAGGGAAGUAAGUACCUCCUCUGAUGAACAAGUGAUUAAAAGGGUAUGCAAGAGAUUGGAGUCUUGGAAGGAAGUUGAAUCAAACACAAUUGAUAUGAUGGUUGAAAUGGAUCUAAGGAAGGAGAUUAAUGACUGGAAGAAAUCUCAAAAGGAAAUUGAGGAGGCUGCAAUGGAUGUUGAAGUUGCUAUUUUCGCGGUAUUGGUUGAUGAAUUACUAGAGGAGUUGGCAUGAUAUGCUUAGCUUGAUCAAGUUGAGAAAUGUUUUCCUUGGGAGGUCCAUAGAUUUUCUAUAUGAUUUGUCGCGGUUUAUUGUUUCAUUCUUUGUUCUACUUAGGUUGUCAGUGUACUUGAAGCAUGGAUCAUAAUCUAACAUCAGAGAUUUAAUUAGAGUAAUUAGGCAAGUAACUCGAGGAUGAUGAUGAUUCGGGUUUAGUGCUAGAAUAGUAUAAUGUAUGUACGGGGUAGAGGGGGCAUAUGACAUGUAUAAUACAUAUGUUUUGAGUAGCUUAAGCUAGCAUCAUCUUGAUGCUUGUCCUCAUAUGAAUAAUAAUCACAAAAGGUUGAGAAAUUUUCUUUGACAAA